AAUAUGAAUCGAGGAAAACAACGUCUUAUUCGGACACGCAAACCUCGACACGCUGUCAAAUGUUCGAAAAAUAUCAGGACUCAUACUUCCGCUUGUCUUUACGGGAAUUAGCUUGGAUGGUAGAACGACGUUCAUUUCACAAGUGACUUUUGUUUGUGUCGUUCCCGGAAGCCUGGUGAACCAUGGAGAACCUCGAGAAGCAACUUAUUUGCCCGAUAUGCCUGGAGAUGUUUACAAAGCCCGUGGUCAUCCUGCCUUGUCAACACAACCUCUGCAGGAAAUGCGCCAACGACGUCUUCCAGGCCUCCAACCCGUACCUGCCAACCACCCGCAGCGGCUCCCUGGCAUCUGGCGGCCGCUUCCGCUGUCCGUCCUGCCGGCACGAGGUGGUCCUGGACCGCCACGGCGUCUACGGGCUGCAGCGUAACCUGCUGGUGGAGAACAUCAUCGACAUGUUCAAACAGGGGUCCAGCAGCGGCGGCGCGCCGGCGCCCGAGCGCAAGGAGGCGGCGGCGCCCAUGUGCGACGUUCACAAGGAUGAGAAGAUCAACAUCUACUGCAUCAGCCACAACGUGCCCACGUGCUCCAUGUGCAAGGUGUUUGGCGUGCACAAGGACUGCGAGGUGCAGCCCAUCAACAGCAUCUACCAGACCAAGAAGACGGAGCUGAACGACGGCAUCGCCAUGAUGCUGGGCAACAACGACCGGCUGCAAGGCAUCAUCAGUCAACUGGAGGAAGCCUGUCGCGCCAUCGAGGAGAACAGCCGGCGUCAGAAGAAUCUCGUGUGCGAGAAAUUCGACCAGCUGUACACCAUCCUGGAGGACAAAAAGCGCGACAUGAGUCUCAAGGUGACGGCCGAGCAGGAGGAGAAGGUCAGCUACAUCAGGAACCUGACCAGGAAGUACGGAGACCAUCUGGAGGAGAGCUGCAAGAUUGUGGAGAAAGGGCUGGAGAUCAUGGAGGAGCAGGAGAUGGCCGUCUUCCUGCAGAACACAAAACCCCUCCUGAAACAGCUAGCGGAAGCGUGUAGCAUAUCGCACCUGGACAAAGUGGAGCGAGGCUACGAGAACAUGGAUCACUUCACCGCCGAUUUCCGGCGAGAGCGCAAAGCGUUGGGCAGCAUCGACUUCCUCCAAGACGACGAUGAUGACGAGGAGGAGGAUGAGGACGAGGCGGCGGAAGGAGAGGUGGCGGCGCCUGCGACCUCCGCCGCUAGCACGCCCGCCGUUUCUUCCGUACCGCCGCUUCCUGCCCCGACCACGCAGACAAAUCCCGUCCCCGUCGCAGCUAAGAGUGCGGCGUCCGCCUUGAGCGUUGCCCCAGUCGGUCAGAACACCCUGGGGGCGGGGCAAAAGUGACAAAGAUAAACCAAGUGGAAAGCACAAUGACUGAACUUGUUAACCCCCCCCUGUGUUUUCCGUGCGUCUUUCUCUCGAUUGAUGGAGCGUUUCUUCUGAUGUUUACUACUUUAGCAACCAUCAAAAGC